GCCACGCGGCUGGUGUCCGACGCCUUGAGCAAGGCCAAGGACAACAAGGACCGCAUCGCGAAGCGCGUCGCAACGGCAAAGCGAUCCGAGAAGAGGGACGCGCUCUUCAAAAAGUACGACAAGGACGGCGAUGGGCUAUGGAACCGAGCAGAAAUCCAGGCCUACGCCAAGGGAGAGUUCAACUUCGAGCUCCCGGCUGAGAAUCUGGAGCGGAUCAUGCGGCAAGUCUGCAGAGGAGAAGGCGCCAGCAUGGAAGCGCUGCAGUUGCUGAAGGUCUCGGUGUGCAUCGCUCGCGAUGAGGAGCGGGGCAAGGCGAAGCGCGCCGUACGCCUGGAGAAGGAGCGAGAAGAGCGCGAGGCGCGGGAGCGCCGGGAGGCCGAGAUCCGGGCGAGGCACUCGGAGUUCUCCAGCGAGUGCCAGGCGCUGCUGGGUGUGCUGCAGAAGUUGGACCCCGACAUCGCCUCCGCGGAGGCCAUGGCGGAGGCCUUGGUCCAGGACGCGAACGGCGGGCAGAUCAAAGAGGCGGACGCGCGGGCGCGGCUCGGCGCCAUCGAGGCGGUGGCGCAGAAGACGCACAGCGCCAUCGCCGGCGCGCAGCUGCAGGCCCAGGGCCUCAGCGCUAAGUUCUUAGAGGACAAAGAGGUGGCUGAGCUCAUGGCUCCGGAAUUGGCGGCCUUGAAGACGAAGACGGAGUCGCAGGACUUGGCACUGCGGAAGGCGCUGGCCUCCGGGGCGCAGGCGCGGCAGCUGGCGCUGAACCGCGCCUUCGCGGCGUACGAGAACCUGCGGAUGGAGGUCGCAGCGAAGUUGCGAGUCUGCAUCGAGACCCAGGGCGGCAAGCCGGACGACCUCUACGACGCCAUCAAGGCCUCCAGUGGCACCAAGGUGACCAAGCGCCACAUCAAGGCCUACCUACAGGCCAACCAGUCUCUCAUCGAAGACGAGAAGCUGGACAGCGUCUUUCUGGGCCCGUCUCUGUCAGAGAAGGGAAGCAUUCGGCGAUUCGGCGAGGCGGAGGAUGAGAACGACGAGCCGGAAAUCAGCAGAGAAGACUUCAUGCGCGUGGUCAGAGUCUUCUACAAGGUGGUCACAGAGAUUGUGCUCUCUGACAACCUGCUCAUCGAGCAGAGCGAGCAGCUGCGACGGAUGGAGGUGGGGGAGAUCAUGGAGGUCUUUCAAGGCCCCAUGCUGGACCCGUCAGUGGGGGUGUAUCGCAUCCACGGCAAAGCGCUCAAAGACGGCAUCGUCGGCUGGGUCACCGUCGCCGGCAAUCAAGGGAUCACCUUCCUCAUGCCUGGGGGCAACCUGCUGAAGGUGGUGCGACCAGUGCAGCUCACCGAGAUGGAGGACGUGGAAACCGCCGGGCGGCUGCUGGUGGAGGGGGAAGUGCUUGAGGUGAUCGCCUGGCAAAGGAUCAGGGAGCAGACGCCGCAAGCUGUCACCCGAGUGAAGGGGAGAUUGCAGGGAGAGAUGGUCACAGGCUGGGUCUCCAUGUCCGAGAACGGCGUGCCAAACCUGGAGGUGCUGUGAAGGAGCCGGCCGAAGGAUCGUUCGCGAGCGUCUCUCGCGAGAGGCCGAGGGGUUGGCCACGUGAAGAUUUGACCCUGGAGGAUUACAUAUGAGCCUUUCUCAAAAGGGAAACCUCCAGGAGGUUGGUUUUCUUUUGGUGUGCC